AUGAAAGUCUCUCUCUCUCACACUCUCUCUCUCUCUCUCUCUCUCUCUCUCUUUCUGUGUGUGUGUGUGUUUCUCUACAUCUCUCUGUCUUUCUCUCUCUUUUUCUAUCUCUCUGCAUUUGUCUCUCUGCUUCUCUCUCUCUGUCUUUGUCUCUCUUCUUCUAUCUCUCUGCAUUUGUCUCUCUGCCUCUCUCUCUGUCUUUCUCUCUCUUCUUCUAUCUCUCUGCAUUUGUCUCUCUGCCUCUCUCUCUCUCUGUCUUUGUCUCUCUUCUUCUAUCUCUCUGCAUUUGUCUCUCUGCCUCUCUCGGUCUUUCUCUCUCUUCUUCUAUCUCUCUGCAUUUGUCUCUCUGCCUCUCUCUCUCUCUGUGUCUUUGUCUCUCUUUUUCUAUCUCUCUGCAUUUGUCUCUCUGCCUCUCUCUCUCUGUGUCUUUGUCUCUCUUUUUCUAUCUCUCUGCAUUUGUCUCUCUGCCUCUCUCUCUGUCUUUGUCUCUCUUCUUCUAUCUCUCUGCAUUUGUCUCUCUGCCUCUCUCUGUCUUUCUCUCUCUUCUUCUAUCUCUCUGCAUUUGUCUCUCUGCCUCUCUCUCUCUGUCUUUGUCUCUCUUCUUCUAUCUCUCUGCAUUUGUCUCUCUGCCUCUCUCUGUCUUUCUCUCUCUUCUUCUAUCUCUCUGAAUUUGUCUCUCUGCCUCUCUCUCUCUCUGUGUCUUUGUCUCUCUUUUUCUAUCUCUCUGCAUUUGUCUCUCUGCCUCUCUCUCUCUGUGUCUUUGUCUCUCUUUUUCUAUCUCUCUGCAUUUGUCUCUCUGCCUCUCUCUCUGUCUUUGUCUCUCUUCUUCUAUCUCUCUGCAUUUGUCUCUCUGCCUCUCUCUCUGUCUUUCUCUCUCUUCUUCUAUCUCUCUGCAUUUGUCUCUCUGCCUCUCUCUCUGUCUUUGUCUCUCUUCUUCUAUCUCUCUGCAUUUGUCUCUCUGCCUCUCUCUCUCUCUGUCUUUGUCUCUCUUCUUCUAUCUCUCUGCAUUUGUCUCUCUGCCUCUCUCUCUGUCUUUCUCUCUCUUCUUCUAUAUCUCUGCAUUUGUCUCUCUGCCUCUCUCUCCGUCUUUCUCUCUCAAUCUCCAUUUAUUAA